AUGAGUCUUGCCCGGCCGGCAAGAUGUCUGUUCUGCAGCUUCUCCCGUGCUGUUGUCCCCGGCACGCGAGUGCCUCGUCGCCAAUUCCACCCAACCCCAGCGUCGCUGUCCAGUCGGAAACCCAAAUUCCCCAAUUUGAAAUCCUCGGAGAAACAGAUCACUGAAGAGUCUGAAACGGAACUGAAGCCGGAGCAUUUCAAGCAGUACACGGAGGAGCAAAAAGCUCACCUGGCAAAGCAGUACUCGGCUGCGCAGAUGGAAGCCAUCCGCGCAGGUGAAGCCGCUAUUGACCCUAAGGAUCUCGCAGAACAGUUCAGAGCGCGUGAUGACCCGAGUAAAUUCAAGUACCUGGACGACUUUUCCGUUAUCGAGCCUGGCAUCGACCGGAACACGCGGGCCCCUCAGUCGAACUCGGACUACAAUUUCAAACUGAAGAGUGAAGAUGAAUUCAUCGAGGACUUUGGCCGAUUUUUCGCAAAUCUGCCUGAGGGUGCUACCGGAGAAGAUUUUGUGAAGUUUGGAGAGUCACUGCGAUUGACACACGGAAAAGAGGAGAACGAACUCGACCCGCAUAGCUCUCUGCUCCCUGAUCUCUUCGGCCCCGGAGAGACCAUUGAUGAGCCUCGCGUAGAGGAAAAGAAGACAGCUGCCGAGAAGGGUGAAAAGGAACGAUCUUUGCAGGCUGAGGAGAUGACCGAUGCCUUGAAGAGUCUCCUCCUAGCCACCGGCUACACAGACCGUCAGGUCGCCGAACUCCGCACCAAAACUCUUGUUUCCCACAGUGUUGUAAACCAAACUCGUCUUGGAAAGGUUCGUCGUGCCUACCGUCUGUCAAUUGCAGGCAAUGGUCAAGGUCUGUUGGGUAUUGGCGAGGGUAAGUCCGAUGAGGCUUCCGAUGCGAAGAUCCAAUCGCAGUACCGUGCCAUCCGCAACAUGCAGCCAAUUCCUCGCUAUGAGAACCGCACCACCUUUGGUGAUCUGAAAGGCAAGGUCGGAGCCGUAGAAUUGCAAUUGAUGCACCGUCCCCCAGGAUUCGGUCUCCGUGUCCAGUACUUGAUUUACGAAAUGUGUCGCGCUGCCGGCAUUCACGACCUCGCCGCUCGGGUGAACCGUUCCCGCAACAAGAUGAACACCGUGAAGGCCGCAUAUGAGGCUCUCAUGAGCCAGAAAGACCCAGAAGAAGUUGCCCGGGCUCGUGGCCGGAAGAUGGUCGAUGUCCGCAAGGUCUACUAUGCUGGCAAGGUUUAA